AUGCACCCUGAACAAGAAAUAUUGGCCGCUGAUAUUUAUAGUGGAAUACGGGCAGUCUUCGUGGCCCAUCUACAGGAUCUCACAGAAGAAAGAGGGGAGGGGGAUUCGAAUGUAGGUCAUGAAUCACGCCACGAGAGGAGAUUCAGGUACAGGCGAUCUAAAGGAAGCGAAUGGAGCCUCUUCGUGGGCAAUCUUGCUUUUGACAUCAAGGAGGACGAUCUCAACAAAAGGUUCAGUCAGUUUGGGGAUAUCAAUGACAUUUACAUCCCGACCUUCGUUCGGUCUGGAAGAAAGAAGGGAUAUGCUUUUGUUAGAUUUCGAAACAAGGAGGAUGCUCAGAAGGCGAAGGAAAUGCUCAACGACCGCUUCAUUGGUAGGCGCCGAAUGGUUGUUAACGAUGCAUCGUAG